CGGCGCCCAGGAGCCCGCCCACGUCCAGGACAACUGGCUGCUCAACAGCAACAUCCCCCUGGAGACCAGAAACCUAGGCAAGCAGCCAUUCCUAGGGACAUUGCAGGACAACCUCAUUGAGAUGGACAUUCUCAGCGCCUCCCGCCAUGAUGGGGCUUACGGUGACGGGCACUUCCUCUUCAAGCCAGGUGGCACCUCCCCGCUGUUCUGCACCUCGUCCCCAGGGUACCCACUGACAUCCAGCACCGUGUACUCCCCUCCACCUCGACCCCUGCCCCGCAGCACCUUCACCCGGCCAGCCUUUAGCCUCAAGAAACCGUCCAAGUACUGUAACUGGAAGUGUGCGGCCCUGAGCGCCAUCGUCAUCUCGGCGACCCUGGUCAUCCUGCUGACUUACUUCGUGGCCAUGCACCUGUUUGGCCUAAACUGGCACCUGCAGCCGAUGGAGGGGCAGAUGUAUGAGAUCACGGAGGACACAGCCAGCAGUUGGCCUGUGCCAACGGACGUCUCCCUGUAUCCCUCAGGGGGCACUGGGUUAGAGAUCCCUGACAGGAAAGGCAAAGGAGCCACAGAAGGAAAGUCCAGUAGUUUCUUUCCCGAGGACAGUUUUAUCGACUCUGGAGAAAUCGACGUGGGGAGACGGGCUUCCCAGAAGAUCCCUCCCGGCACUUUCUGGAGAUCGCAAGUGUUCAUAGAUCAUCCUGUGCAUCUGAAAUUCAACGUGUCUCUGGGAAAGGCAGCACUGGUUGGCAUUUAUGGUAGAAAAGGCCUGCCUCCUUCGCAUACCCAGUUUGACUUUGUGGAGCUCUUGGAUGGAAGGAGGCUCCUCACCCAGGAAGCACGGAGUCUGGAAGGACCCCAGCGCCAGUCUCGGGGAGUCGCCCCUCCCUCGAGCCAUGAGACAGGCUUCAUCCAGUAUUUGGAUUCCGGAAUCUGGCACCUGGCUUUUUACAACGACGGAAAGGAGUCAGAAGUGGUUUCUUUUCUCACCACUGCCAUUGAAUCCGUAGACAGCUGCCCCAGCAACUGCUAUGGCAACGGCGACUGCAUCUCCGGGACCUGCCACUGCUUCCUGGGAUUCCUGGGCCCCGAUUGUGGCAGAGCUUCCUGCCCCGUGCUCUGCAGCGGGAAUGGCCAAUACAUGAAGGGCAGGUGCCUGUGCCACAGCGGCUGGAAGGGCGCUGAGUGCGACGUGCCCACCAACCAGUGUAUCGACGUGGCCUGCAGCAGCCAUGGCACCUGCAUCAUGGGCACCUGCAUCUGCAACCCCGGCUACAAGGGCGAAAACUGUGAGGAAGUGGACUGUAUGGACCCCACGUGCUCAGGCCGGGGUGUCUGCGUGAGAGGCGAGUGCCACUGCUCCGUCGGAUGGGGAGGUACCAACUGCGAGACUCCCCGAGCCACGUGCUUGGACCAGUGCUCAGGCCAUGGGACCUUCCUCCCAGACACCGGACUUUGCAGCUGCGACCCGAGCUGGACCGGACAUGACUGCUCUAUCGAGAUCUGUGCUGCUGACUGUGGAGGCCACGGCACCUGUGUGGGGGGCACCUGCCGCUGCGAGGAGGGCUGGAUGGGAGCGGCCUGCGACCAGCGUGCCUGCCACCCGCGCUGUGCGGAGCACGGGACCUGCCGGGACGGCAAGUGCGAGUGCAGCCCUGGCUGGAACGGCGAGCACUGCACCAUAGCUCACUAUCUGGAUAGGGUAGUUAAAGAGGGCUGCCCUGGGUUGUGCAAUGGGAACGGCAGAUGUACCUUGGACCUGAACGGGUGGCACUGCGUCUGCCAGCUGGGCUGGAGAGGAGCUGGCUGUGACACAUCCAUGGAAACCGCCUGUGGUGACAGUAAAGACAACGAUGGAGAUGGCUUGGUGGACUGCAUGGACCCUGACUGCUGCCUGCAGCCCCUCUGCCACAUCAACCCGCUGUGCCUGGGCUCCCCCGACCCUGUGGACAUCAUCCAGGAGACGCAGGCCCCGGUGUCCCAGCAGAACCUCCAUUCCUUCUACGACCGCAUCCAGUUCCUGGUGGGCAGGGACAGCACACACAUCAUCCCCGGGGAGAACCCCUUUGACGAAGGGCACGCGUGCGUCAUUCGUGGUCAAGUAAUGACAUCGGAUGGGACCCCGCUGGUGGGUGUGAACAUCAGUUUCGUCAGUCGCCCUCUCUUUGGGUACACCAUCAGUCGGCAGGAUGGCAGCUUUGACUUGGUCACGAAUGGUGGCAUCUCCAUCAUCCUGCGGUUCGAGCGGGCGCCUUUCAUCACCCAGGAGCACACCCUGUGGCUGCCGUGGGACCGCUUCUUUGUCAUGGAAACCAUCGUCAUGAGACACGAGGAGAAUGAGAUUCCCAGCUGUGACCUGAGCAGCUUCGCCCGCCCCAACCCUGUCGUCGCUCCGUCCCCACUGACGUCCUUUGCCAGUGCCUGUGCGGAGAAAGGCCCCAUUGUCCCAGAAAUUCAGGCUCUGCGGGAGGAAAUCGUCAUCCCUGGCUGUAAGAUGAGGCUGAGCUACCUGAGCAGCCGGACCCCUGGCUACAAAUCCGUCCUGCGCAUCAGCCUCACCCACCCUACCAUCCCCUUCAACCUCAUGAAGGUCCACCUCAUGGUGGCAGUGGAGGGGCGCCUCUUCAGGAAGUGGUUUGCCGCAGCCCCGGACCUGUCCUACUAUUUCAUCUGGGACAAGACAGAUGUCUACAACCAGAAGGUGUUCGGGCUCUCAGAAGCCUUUGUCUCCGUGGGUUACGAGUAUGAAUCAUGCCCGGAUCUGAUCCUGUGGGAAAAACGGACCGCGGUGCUGCAGGGCUACGAGAUCGACGCUUCCAAGCUCGGCGGGUGGAGCCUGGACCAACACCAUGCCCUCAACAUCCAAAGUGGCAUCCUGCACAAAGGGAACGGGGAGAACCAGUUUGUGUCCCAGCAGCCACCUGUCAUUGGGAGCAUCAUGGGCAAUGGGCGCCGGAGAAGCAUCUCCUGCCCCAGCUGCAAUGGCCUUGCCGACGGCAACAAGCUCCUGGCCCCUGUGGCCCUCACCUGUGGCUCUGACGGGAGCCUCUAUGUGGGGGAUUUCAACUACAUUCGCAGGAUCUUCCCCUCUGGGAACGUCACCAACAUCCUGGAGUUGAGCCACAGCCCAGCGCACAAAUACUACCUGACCACGGACCCCAUGAGCGGAGCCGUCUUCCUUUCAGACACCAGCAGCCGGCGGGUUUUCAAGGUCAAGUCCACGGUGGUGGUGAAGGACCUCGUCAAGAACGCUGAGGUGGUCGCGGGGACAGGGGACCAGUGCCUCCCCUUUGACGACGCGCGCUGCGGGGACGGCGGGAAGGCCACAGAAGCCACCCUUACCAAUCCUAGAGGCAUUACGGUGGACAAGUUUGGACUGAUCUACUUUGUGGAUGGCACCAUGAUUAGACGCAUUGAUCAGAACGGCAUCAUCUCCACCCUCCUGGGCUCCAACGACCUCACGUCAGCCCGGCCCCUCAGCUGCGAUUCUGUCAUGGACAUUUCCCAGGUCCGCCUGGAGUGGCCCACAGACUUAGCCAUCAACCCAAUGGACAACUCUCUCUACGUCCUCGACAACAACGUGGUCCUACAGAUCUCUGAAAAUCACCAGGUGCGCAUCGUCGCUGGGAGGCCCAUGCACUGCCAGGUCCCUGGCAUCGACCACUUCCUGCUGAGUAAAGUGGCCAUACACGCCACCCUGGAGUCGGCCACGGCCUUGGCCGUCUCACACACCGGCGUCCUGUAUAUCGCUGAGACUGAUGAGAAAAAGAUCAACCGCAUCAGGCAGGUCACCACCAAUGGCGAAAUCUCGCUCGUCGCUGGGGCCCCCAGUGGCUGUGACUGUAAAAAUGAUGCCAACUGUGAUUGUUUCUCGGGAGAUGAUGGGUAUGCCAAGGAUGCCAAGCUGAAUACCCCAUCCUCGUUGGCCGUGUGUGCUGACGGGGAGCUGUACGUGGCCGACCUUGGGAACAUCCGAAUCCGCUUCAUCAGGAAGAACAAGCCUUUCCUCAACACCCAGAACCUGUAUGAGCUGUCCUCACCCAUCGACCAGGAGCUCUACCUGUUUGACACCAGUGGCAAGCAUCUGUACACCCAGAGCCUGCCCACGGGAGACUACCUGUACAACUUCACCUACACCGGGGACGGCGAUGUCACACUCAUCACAGACAACAAUGGCAACAUGGUCAAUGUCCGCCGAGACUCGACGGGGUUGCCCCUCUGGUUGGUGGUGCCAGACGGCCAGGUAUACUGGGUGACCAUGGGCACCAAUAGUGCACUGAAGAGUGUGACCACCCAAGGACACGAGUUGGCCAUGAUGACGUACCAUGGCAACUCCGGCCUUCUGGCGACCAAGAGCAAUGAAAAUGGAUGGACGACGUUUUAUGAGUAUGACAGUUUUGGCCGGCUGACAAACGUGACCUUCCCCACUGGCCAGGUGAGCAGUUUCCGAAGCGAUACAGACAGCUCUGUGCAUGUCCAGGUAGACCAAGUGCGGAACAGCUACUACAUCGGGGCCGAUGGCUCCCUCCGGCUGCUGCUGGCCAAUGGCAUGGAGGUGGCCCUGCAGACGGAGCCCCACCUGCUGGCCGGCACCGUCAACCCCACCGUGGGCAAGCGGAACGUCACACUGCCCAUCGACAACGGCCUCAACCUGGUGGAGUGGCGACAGCGCAAGGAGCAGGCUCGAGGCCAGGUCACCGUCUUCGGGCGCAGGCUGCGGGUUCACAACCGAAACCUCCUGUCCCUGGACUUUGACCGUGUGACCCGCACAGAGAAGAUCUACGAUGACCACCGCAAGUUCACCCUGCGGAUCCUGUAUGACCAGGCAGGGCGGCCCAGCCUGUGGUCCCCCAGCAGCAGGCUCAAUGGCGUCAAUGUGACCUACUCCCCGGGGGGUCACAUUGCUGGCAUCCAGAGGGGCAUCAUGUCAGAGAGGAUGGAGUAUGACCAGGCGGGUCGGAUCACGUCCCGGAUCUUUGCCGAUGGGAAGACGUGGAGCUACACAUACUUAGGAAAGUCCAUGGUGCUGCUGCUCCACAGCCAGAGGCAGUACAUCUUCGAGUUCGACAAGAACGAUCGCCUCUCCUCUGUGACGAUGCCCAACGUGGCCCGGCAGACGCUAGAGACCCUUCGCUCGGUGGGCUACUACAGGAACAUCUACCAGCCCCCCGAGGGCAAUGCCUCGGUCAUCCAGGAUUUCACAGAGGACGGGCACCUCCUCCACACUUUCCACUUGGGCACCGGGCGCCGCGUGAUCUAUAAGUACGGCAAACUGUCAAAGCUGGCGGAGGUGCUGUACGACACCACCAAGGUGAGCUUCACGUACGACGAGACGGCGGGCAUGCUGAAGACCAUCAACCUGCAGAACGAGGGCUUCACCUGCACCAUCCGCUACCGGCAGAUCGGGCCCCUGAUCGACCGGCAGAUCUUCCGCUUCACCGAGGAAGGCAUGGUCAAUGCCCGGUUUGACUACAACUACGACAACAGCUUCCGGGUGACCAGCAUGCAGGCCGUCAUCAACGAGACCCCGCUGCCCAUCGACCUCUACCGCUACGACGACGUGUCGGGCAAGACGGAGCAGUUUGGGAAGUUUGGCGUCAUCUACUACGACAUUAACCAGAUCAUCACGACGGCCGUCAUGACCCACACCAAGCACUUCGACGCUUACGGUCGGAUGAAGGAGGUGCAGUACGAGAUCUUCCGCUCCCUGAUGUACUGGAUGACCGUCCAGUAUGACAACAUGGGGCGGGUGGUGAAGAAGGAGCUGAAGGUGGGGCCCUACGCCAACACCACCCGCUAUGCCUACGAGUACGAUGCUGACGGGCAGCUGCAGACGGUGUCCAUCAACGACAAGCCGCUCUGGCGGUACAGCUACGACCUCAACGGGAACCUGCACCUGCUGAGCCCUGGCAACAGUGCCCGGCUCACCCCGCUGCGGUACGACCUCCGGGACCGCAUCACCAGGCUGGGCGACGUGCAGUACAAGAUGGAUGAGGACGGCUUCCUGAGGCAGCGGGGGGCGGACGUCUUUGAGUAUAACUCGGCCGGCCUGCUCGUCAAGGCCUACAACCGGGCCGGGGGCUGGAGCGUCCGGUACCGCUAUGAUGGCUUGGGGCGGCGGGUGUCGAGCAAGAGCAGCCAGGGCCACCACCUGCAGUUCUUCUACGCAGACCUCACCAACCCCACCAAGGUCACCCACCUGUACAACCACUCCAGCUCCGAGAUCACAUCGCUCUACUACGACCUGCAGGGACACCUGUUUGCCAUGGAGCUAAGCAGCGGCGACGAGUUCUACAUCGCCUGUGACAACAUCGGGACCCCCCUUGCGGUCUUCAGCGGAACGGGCUUGAUGAUCAAGCAGAUCUUGUACACGGCCUAUGGGGAGAUCUACAUGGACACCAACCCCAACUUCCAGAUCAUCAUUGGCUACCACGGGGGCCUCUAUGACCCCCUUACCAAGCUCAUCCACAUGGGCCGACGGGACUACGAUGUCCUGGCUGGCCGCUGGACCAGCCCAGACCACGAGUUGUGGAAGCACCUGAGUAGCAGCAACAUCAUGCCUUUUAAUCUCUAUAUGUUUAAGAACAACAACCCCAUCAGCAACUCCCAGGACAUCAAGUGCUUCAUGACAGAUGUCAACAGCUGGCUGCUCACCUUUGGAUUCCAGCUGCACAACGUCAUCCCAGGCUACCCCAAGCCGGACCUGGAUGCCGCGGAGCCGUCCUACGAGCUGGUCCACACGCACAUGAAAACGCAGGAGUGGGACAACAGCAAGUCUAUCCUCGGCGUGCAGUGCGAAGUGCAGAAGCAGCUCAAGGCCUUCGUCACCCUGGAACGCUUUGACCAGCUCUACGGCUCCACUGUCACCAGCUGCCAGCAGGCCCCAGAGACAACAAAGAAGUUCGCCUCCACCGGCUCCGUCUUUGGCAAAGGGGUCAAGUUUGCCUUAAAGGACGGCCGAGUGACCACAGACAUCAUCAGUGUGGCCAACGAGGAUGGGCGGAGGGUCGCCGCCAUCUUGAACAAUGCCCACUACCUGGAGAACCUGCACUUCACCAUUGACGGGGUGGACACCCACUACUUUGUGAAGCCAGGGCCCUCAGAAGGCGACCUGGCCAUCCUGGGCCUCAGCGGGGGGCGGCGGACCCUAGAGAACGGGGUCAACGUCACCGUGUCCCAGAUCAACACCAUGCUCGGUGGCAGGACUAGACGCUACACAGACAUCCAGCUCCAGUACGGGGCCCUGUGCCUGAACACCCGCUACGGGACGACGCUGGACGAGGAGAAGGCGCGGGUGCUGGAGCUGGCGCGGCAGAGGGCCGUGCGCCAGGCGUGGGCCCGCGAGCAGCAGAGACUGCGGGAAGGGGAGGAGGGCCUGCGGGCCUGGACGGAGGGGGAGAAGCAGCAGGUGCUGAGCACGGGGCGGGUGCAAGGCUACGACGGCUUCUUUGUGAUCUCUGUAGAGCAGUACCCCGAACUGUCGGACAGCGCCAACAACAUCCACUUCAUGAGACAGAGUGAGAUGGGCCGGAGGUGACAGCGAGGACGAGGCCGGGACUUCUUGCCAAAGACAGCUACACUUUUGUGGCCGCAUAUCUGACUGUGUUGUACUUAAAAAAAAAAAAAAUCCUUUUUUUAACAAGUGCAGAAAGCAAAACAAAAAAGAUACUCGUUGCACUGUAACUCAUGCAACUUUUUUUAAGAGAAAUUUGGCCUUCACCCUUUUUUUUUUUUUUUUUUGCCAAGAACAGAGGGUUUUGUUUUUCUUCUUUUUCCUGUAGUGUGGUCACCAUGAAAACUUGAUCGUCUUUUGUUCCCUUUGAGCUGGAGGGUUUCUCCCCUCUGAGAUGCACCACCGGGCUGUGUCACCGUCCUUCCCCAGGUACCCAGUGUGGUGUGCGAUACAAGUGUCUGCGCUG